AUGGCAGAUGAACUGUUCGAUGCUAAAUCCGCGGAUGGAUCAUUCAAUCUGGUGAAUCCUUCACCGUGCCCGCUUAAAGCCGAGGGAGCCUCAAGCUUCAAUCAGCUCCUUCAGGAUCACGGCAUCAGCCAGGAGCUCACGGAUCGGCUGCUCGCCGACGGUUGGGAUGCGAAAUCGUUUCGCCAUGUUGUCUGCCAGGAAUCUGAGCUUGCGGGGGUUAAGAAGAACUGGUCUUGGAUCCCGUGGAAGAGUCGCAUGACACAACAGAUGUAUGAGGAUUCCCUCAUGCAGAAGCCCGCGAAAAGGGCCAGGAUUGAGACCCUUCAGCUUUCGGACCUGUUGCUUGAUGAACCGCCACAGAUUGAUAUCAAUGAUUCCACCAUGGGGAUUUCAAUGAUCCGUCGGCUGUUGGAGGUGCAUGACAAUGCCCUCGCUCUUGCAGGCACCGCGCAUCUUGCGCGCCUCAAAGCUUACACCUCUAAGUUCUUGAGCCUGGUUUCGCAAAAAUUCCCGCCUGAAACAAACCUUCGGCCCCCUUCUGUGCUGGAAGCUCAGCAGGCGGACAAACACUUGUGGUCGUGCAUCUUUCAGCUUGUGAUCGAGAAAGAAUGGCAGGUGAACGAUGCGAUCUACGAGUUCACGGAGAUCCGCGGCGAUAUGUCGUCAUGGCUGCAGCCCCGUGCGUCCGCAGAUGUUCCUCCUGCGCAACAUCCCCCUUCAGCACAUCCAAUGCCCGGAGUUGCACGCCCCUUGUCACCACCGGAGGGCACUUGGCGAGCUGAUACUUGCAUUUCUUCCCUCCCGGCGCGUCUUUUUCUCGAGAUCACAUGGAGCAAUCACUCGCGCCAUCAGCUUAGCAUGGCUGUCCGUGCUUCAGGUGGAAACUCCCUCACCCUAAGCCCCAGCCUUGACCCGACCCUGGAUGUCCUGUGCCCAGACCUCCUCGAGCAGGUCCUCUUCCUUUGCGGCUCGGGAGCGGUCGCGUAUCUUGCAGCAUCGCCACUAGCCGAAUCAGCAGACUCGCCUGACGACGUGGGUUCCCCCUCGUGGCUGCUAUCGGCAAUGCACGAGCAAACGGCGGCGGCAAAGGUUUCCCGUUGCACCUGGCUCCUCAGCAUUGUACACACUGCAGGGGGUCAAGGGCAUUUGGAAUUGCCCCCCACUUCUUCUUACUGGUCGUCUGAGCGGCCCCAGGCCUGGCUGCAUCAGGGAAACUGUGCUCUGAUCUUGAUACCCCCAUUACGGUACUCUGACUCUGCUAUUCCGUGCCAGCCCCAGCUUUUGGCUGCUUCUUACCGCCCGCUUUCGGUCCUGGCGGUCAGCUCGCCCGCCUUCGCUCCCCCGCAAUGCGCAAGUGAAUUUGCAUCUUCGUUUGCCACGAUCGCUGCCCCUCUGCUCCCGGCAGAGGGCCGCGAGCUCUCCCUGCAGUCAGUCAUCAAGUCUAUGCCACGCAAAGGCCUUUUCGCAGGCCCACAUGCACUUCAUGAUGGAGCUGGAAAACGCUCCAUUGCCGAUUGGAGCAGCCCUGCCAGCCAUGAUGCAUUUCGGGGAUUACGCAAAGCCCUGCUGCAAUUCUGCAUCUCAGCUCGAGCCGACAAACGCUUGCUGGCUCGCGGUUCCUGCCCGUCGAAUGAACCGCUUUUCAGCUCUUCCGAAGUGUCCGCAGCCAGGGAUCUGGUGUUUCCUUCGCUGGGUAUGCAGACCCCGGAUAACGCUUGGUAUGUGCAUCCAUACCAACCCAUGUGCUUGCACGCGUUUGAAGCCCUGGCACAACAUUGUGGCGAUCAGGACAUUCAUUUGUUUCCGCAUUUGCGUAUGGGUGUGCCAACCGGAUUCUUGAAUGACAUCCCCCCUUCCAACUGUUUCUGGCCUCCCAAAGGCCAAUCAGGGGAGCUGAUUCCAUUGGCGCUCAAUCUUGAAAACUGGAAGUCGGCCGAUGUGGCUCCGGAGGUCACUUCGCGCUUGCUCCAAGAGGAGUUGGACGCCGGAUACUGCUUUAAGUUUGAGGGCACACUUGAGGAGGCGAAAAGUAGAUGGCCCGUUGGCCUAGCUCUGGGAAAAUUGGGGGUUGUUAGAGCUCCGGGGCGGGCCGAACGACUCGUGUUGGAUAACAGCGUAGCUGGGACCAAUUCUCAGUGCACAGUGCCGGAACGUCAAUGUUUCCCGAGCAUACACGAUGUUUCGCAUUCUUUCCCGAUUCGCGAGACUUCCGACCGCCAGAUGGCCAUUUGCAUUGAUGUCAAGCAGGCGCACAAGCGCUGCCGCAUCCGCGACUCCGAGCAGGGCCUGCUCGGCUUCACUUGGCACAACGCGCUAUACUUUUUUCGCUGCUGCCCAUUCGGAGCAGUUUUCUCACAGCAUUGGUGGGGUCGCGUGGGAGGGUGCACUUUGCGCCUGUUACAUACCCUGCUGUUCCUGGCCCAUGUGGGCCUCCUUUUCGUGGACGACUUCAUUUUCAGCCAAGCGGCCAGCCUCAUGCCGCUUUCGGGAGCUGUGAUAUGCCUCUUUCUUCAGAUCCUAGGUGUUCCAGUCAGUUGGAAAAAAUUACAAAUUUCUUGUCGGGUCGAUUGGAUUGGAUGGCGGUUGUGCUUCUCUUCGGGUACGGUUAGUCUCAGGGAAGAAAAACGCUUGCGCCUCCUUGAACACGUGCGUUCCCUUCUGCGGGGCGGAGGCCGUAUAUCUACCAAGGAACUGGAAUCCUUUCUGGGCCUUGCCAUGUGGGCCUGUGCACUCUUCCCCACUAUGCGUGCCAUGAUGCACCCUUUCUACAAAGACCUUUGGUCUCCGGCUGCCACUAAUUUCAGCAUUGCUCCGGAAUCGUGGCAUAGCAUCUGUAAUUUCCUUGAUUCUUCACUCAGGUUUAAGGCCUCACCUCCUCACACUGCCAUCCCCGCGGGUGCUAAGCUCCUCUCGGCUCGUCAUGUGCCUUUCACAACCCUUGCAGACUUGUCCAAAGUCGCCGUGACGCACAAAAGAUUGUGGCUCCGCGUUGAAUGCCUUAGCAGCUCGAGGCGGAAACUCUCUAGUGCCUCCAUCCGCUCGUUGCAGGCCUUCGAGCGUUGGCUGCAGCACGUCGCACCACUCGCCAGCAUGCGCCCAUCUCAGGUUGCAGACGUUGAGGCCUUUGCCGAUGCAUCGGCAUCCGGCCCAUCUUGCAGUUUGGGGGGUUUUGUUUCUUGUCCGGUUCUAGGCCAGGUUUGGUUCACUGAAACCUUUUCAGUCCAGGAAUUUGAAGCCGCAGGCAUUCCUUUCGGCAAUGACCUGGCUAAGGAGAUAGCCAGUUGUGAAGCCCUGGCUCAAGCUGGGCUGAUUCUUGCUCUCUCUAAGCUGGCUCCUUGCAGCAGGGUUCCUUUACGCCUCCCGUCCCUCUGCGAUAACUCAGGGGCGGAGGCAGGUCUGAAUAAGAUGUUUUCCACCAAAUUUCCCCUAGGCCUCGUUCUUGAACACAUCGCCCUCCUGGCGGCCAUGCAUCGCAUCUCUAUCGAUGUGUCUCAUGUCCCAGGUGCCAAGAACUGCAAAGCCGACGCACUUAGCCGACCGGCUGAGUAUCCCACACCUCCAGACUGCCUUCCAUGCCAGCGCAUACGCUUUGGGCUCUCUGCUCUCUGGGAGCCUUGUCCUGAGGUGCAGAUUUUCCCUUCCAGCUUCAGCCUUCCUUGGCUUCGCUGA